AUGGCGCUCCUCGCUGUGACAGGAACAAUUGUCGACACGGCCUUCGUACAGGAGAUUGCUGCAGCGCAUGCAUUAGCUGGUGCGUCUCCAGCUGGACUCCAGAAGAAUCUCACCCUAGCUGGCCUGGGCACUGCAUCAGCAGGCCCCCUGGACAGCGUCGUCUCUUCCAAGCCGGCAUGGGAGACCGGCGCGAGAGCCGCAAUCUCCCUCAGGAAGAAGCCGGCUGCAGUUCAGGCCGCACCUGCCUGGAAGCUGAGCGUUGACGACGAGGACGAUGACAUCAUCGACGAUGAGCAGCUGCUCACAGCAGAGGACCUCGUUCGCCCUGCACCAGCAGCGGCGGGUUGCGGCCCCGCAGCGAGCAAAGCGUGCAAGAACUGCACAUGUGGACGUGCCGAGGCUACCGAGCCGGUCAAGCUGACCAAGGCCAUGCUGGAGAAGCCGACCUCCGGCUGUGGGAGUUGUGCGCUGGGGGACGCCUACCGCUGCGGCGGCUGCCCGUACCGCGGCCUCCCCGCUUUUGAGCUGGGCAAGAAGAUCGAGCUGCCCUCAGACUUCCUGGUGACAGACGCGUGA